UAACAUACUUUUAGUUGGAUUCGUGCCGCGGCUUGAGCAACACAGCGAUUUUUCCACCCCGGGUCGACGGGGACUUCCGCGCAGGACCUUCUUGCAUUUACACACCACUCUAGUGCCGGACGGGGAGAAGAGCAGAGGUUUCUUUUUGCUCACACUCUUUGCAAUCGCGCUGACAAAUCCUUUUCGGCAAAAAAAAACCCCGAGUGUCGUGCGCCGAUCUAGUGAACUGGUUUUAGUUUAGUUUCUAACUUCUGCUGAUUUUUUUUGAGCGGAUUGGAGAGAAGAAGAAGAACAACCGAUCUUGUGUGAGAGGAAAAAGGAUUAAAAGUUGACGGCAAGCAAAAGAAGAAUAUUUUGAAAAAUAUUCAGUUGUGCAAGUUUGGGAAAAAUACAAAAAAGUCACAAAAUAAAAUAAUCAGCUCGUGCUCCGUGAGAGAUUCGACAGUGUGUGAGAGAAGUUCCCCGAAAGUGUGUGCGUCUUUUAUCAGAGAUAACAAAAAAAAAUAAAGAAGGAAGAAAAGUGUCCCGAAAUCGAAUUCGCCCGCAAGUUGAGAAAAAAAAAAUCAAAAAGUUUUAUCAAAGUGUCGAGGAAGUGACGAAGGAAUUUACACACAACACAGUGCUUGGGCUUGGCCUGUUGUAACCACACACAGCAGCAAGUCAAAGUAGUCGCGCGCGCACACAGCAAGUCAAGCAAGCGAGUGUGCGAGAACGAACGGUGCUGUAUCGGAACGUGAAUCAAAGUAGUCGUCGUCAGCGGCAAGGAAGAACGACGACGACCGACGCCCGCCGCCGAGGGGAAAAGUUACAAGGAAGGCUGAAAAAUAUAUAAAAUAUUGCCUUCGUGCUUCAAACUGAGUGCGUCGCGGCGCUGAGUUUGCGGUUCCAGACAGGACAGGAGAAGAAAAAUGUAAAAUAGAACCACGAGUAGCAGAACAAACUCCAAGACAGACGAGUAGCCCUCCAAGGACGGGGCCCACCUUUGUUCCAACAAACUUGACGUAACGUAACACACACACAACUGGUAACCAUGUCGUCCCAAAGAUUCUGCCUCCGGUGGAACAACCACCAGACCAACAUGCUGUCCGUGUUCGACCAGCUGCUGCACGCGGAAACCUUCACCGACGUGACGCUGGCCAUCGAGGGACAGUACCUGAAGGCACACAAGAUGGUCCUCUCGGCCUGCAGUCCGUACUUCCAGCAGAUCUUCGUCAACCACCCGGAGAAGCACCCGAUCGUGAUCCUGAAGGACGUCCCGUUCAAGGACAUGAAGUGCCUGCUCGACUUUAUGUACCGCGGCGAGGUGUCCGUCGACCAGGACCGGCUAGCGGCGUUCCUCCGGGUAGCGGAAAGCCUCCGGAUAAAGGGCCUCACCGAGGUGAACGACGACAAGCCCCCACUCCCCACGGCAUCGCUCACCAGCAGCGGAGUCACGGCGACGAGCGGUCAGAACGCCGGUGCGACGGCACCAUCCACACCCACGCAGCAACAGUUGCAGCAGCAGCUGGCGGCCGCCGCCAGCCGGAACACCCAACUGGCCUCGCUGCAGCAGCAGCCGAAGCAAAAGUCGAACGGGGGUGGCCAGAGCAUGCUGCUGACGAAUCCGCUGCUGGGGUCGGCGCUGUCCCAGCAGAAGCGCAAACGCGGCAGGCCGCGGAAACUGUCCGGCAGUGACAAUGGGGACGGGGAGUACGACGGGUACGAGAGCGACACGCAGGGUUCGCCGGAUCUUAUGGAGGUGAAGCUGGCCGCCGAUGGUAUGUCGAACUCGGGGGAUGAGAACGUGAUUAGCCGAUCGGCGAUUGGUGGUGAGGAGGACGCGGAAGACUCGAUGGACACGACGACCGGAAGUCCGCCUACGGCGGUCAACAACAACGUCAGCAGCAUCAACAAGAACGCCAACAGCAGCAGCAGUCCCGCCCCUUCCGGUCCAGCGGCCAACGCGACCACCAACAACACCAACGCCACGAACAACAGCCACAAUGCCAAGAGUUCGGCCAGUAGUCUGAGGAACGAAAACAGCAUGUCAGAUUCCAAAGAUUCGUUCAACGAGGACGACGUAGCGCUCGACGACGAGGACGAGGACGGCGAGAAUGGCGCGGAAGAUUCGGACGAGGAGCGCGAGCUCAACUCGAGCUACAUGGAACCGCUGAUGCAGCUGGACGAGUACGACGAGCCGGUUGAGUUCAAGUACGACCCGAAGGCGGAGUCGGGCGAGCGGGCAGAUUCGACGUCGAACAGUUUUCCGCCGCCGCUGCAGGCGAAACCGGGCACGCCCCCGGUUGCGGGGAGUACGGGCCGGAUGCCGUUGAUCAACGUGGUGCCGACGAUGUCGCUGCUGAACCAGCAGCUGCCCAAGUUGGCGCCGCUCUCGUCGGCAGCGGCUGCGGCGGCCGCGGCUGCAGCCGGUCUGUUCAGCCCCAAAUCUCUACCAAAGCUACACAAACGGCCCCGACUGAUGGGCAAGGGGAACGGGAUCACUGCGACGCAGACCAUCCUGAACAACCUCAACAACAACCUGAACGAAAGCUUGAUCUCGACCAGCGGCGGCGCUGGCUCCGGCAGCAGUGGGCUGCAAAUCUCGAACGUCCUGUCGGGGCUGAACACGUCCGACAUGUACGAGAUGUUCUCGAACAACGUGAUGAACUCGCCCAACACGCGCUCCAACUCGAACUCGCCGUCGACGAAGGGUCGCGUCCGAGGAGGAGGAGGAGACGGUGGGGACGCCGGUUCCGGCAGCGAGGGAGGCAGUGGCCGCACCCACAAGUACACUGUGAUUGAAGAUACCGAGGGCAGCGUGCGGGAUUUCUGUACCAAAGAGGGUGACCACGUGUACCGUUGUAAGGUAUGCUCGCGGGUCUACACCCACAUCAGCAACUUCUGCCGGCACUACGUGACGUCGCACAAGCGCAACGUCAAGGUCUACCCGUGCCCGUACUGCUUCAAGGAGUUUACCCGCAAGGACAACAUGACGGCCCACGUCAAGAUCAUCCACAAGACGGAGUACGCGCAGCACGCCUCGUCCGGCGGUUCGGAAGCCGCGCCCUGCAACGUCAACACCAACAGCAACAGCAGCACGAACGGGUCCACGACACCGGUUCCUUCGUCCGCCGCCCUGACCUUCCCCACCAGCGCCGCGCUCAUCAACGCCGUCGCCAACGCCGUAGGUCUCCAGCCAAAGAAUUCCACCUCCUCCGCCGCAAACUCUCCCGGCGGCGGCAUCCGGAUAGUAUUCCCCCCGAUCGGUGCCUCCUCCCCGUCCGCCGCCGCCGCCCCGACCUCAUCCCCAUCCGGCACCAUCACCAUCAAGAAAGAGUUCCAGGAGAAACCGACCUCGUCGUCAUCGCGGCCCUCCUCCCCGACCUCGUCCAGCACGGCCACCUCGCCCAGCUCGACGACGCUGACCAACAGCGGAGCGACGGCCACGGCCACCGUUUGAAACCCUUCUUCCCCUCCGCACACACAAUCACACACACACACACAACAAGAGGCUACUAACACUAAAGUCUGUCGGAUGGCGCACAAAUGACGUGGGAUCACGCAGAACGAGAUAGAGAGAGAGGAAGCGAGCUGCAAUAACUGUUUUUUUCUUUUUAGUUUUUAUUUUAUGUUUUUGUUGUUUAUUUAAUUGAUUUAUUAUUUUUCUUCGCGCAGACCGAGAUCGUUAAUCAUUCCUUCUAAAGGGUAUUUGUAAUUUUAAUGUAAUUGGAAUUGUACAGAACACACAAACACACAGAGAGAAACACACGAACACAUGUGAAUGCAUCAAACGCAAACAUAGUACUACGGUAGGACAAAAGUUGAUAAACCCAAGAAACAAGGCUCUUACAUUAAUUUAACAAAAAAAAUGUACUGUUUGUAAUAUUUUUUCUUCUUUUUUUGUAAUAAACCUCACGAAACAAUGCUAGAAAUUCACCCCCUCACAAAAUCACCCACAAAACACGUACUGAAAUGUGCGUUGAAACAACCAACUUCACGCAAGUCUUCCCACUUAGAGAAAGUUAAACAAUGCUAAAAACAAGCAGCAUAAAAGUAGUACAAUAAAAAAAACUAAAAUAAUCGAAACAGCAAGCGAAAACAAAAAUAUUUAACUAGUUCUUAGUCGAAAUCAUCAAAUCUACAAUUUUGUUAUGUUUUCCUCCCCCUUUCCCCACCUAACCUUCUUGUGUAAUCAAAGUAUUUCGCCCUCGAAAUCCAAACGUACUAAAACGAACCACAGAAAACACACGCGCGUCUCGCGAAGCAUUAGGAAAUUCUGUGAUGAUGUUACUUUUUUUAGUCGAGAGAAAGUACUAUUACUUACCCUUAAAAAAAAUCGUUUUCGAAGCUUUUUUUUUCUUUAAGUUCGCUUUGUGUUGUUGAACACACUUUUACGAAAAUUAAAAGGUUGUUAAUGGUUGAAAUUAUUGAAGAGUGAAUAAAUCGGUCAGCGAUAACGAUAAAAUUAAACUUUAUAUUGUCGUCAUCGUUAUCGAUUCCCGGGGCAGACG